CCGCCCCACCGCGCCGCCCUGCCCCGCCGCACCAUGCUGCUCGCCCGGGCCCUGCGCGCCGCCGCCGCCCUGCGCCCGCCGCCCGGCCGCCUCUUCUCCUCCUUCUCCUCCUCCUCCUCUCCCCGCACCCUCCUGCCGCCGCCCGGCGCCACGCCGCCCCCGGUGCGCUCCCUCUGGCAGCUGGGCGGCGGCGGGUGGCGGACGGCGCUGCUCCGCCCGCGGCGGGGCUCGGCCGGCGGCGUCUCCUGCGGCUGCGGCGGCCUCCACACCGAGGGCGACAAAGCCUUCGCGCAGUUCCUGACGGACGAGAUCAAGGAGGAGAAGAAGAUCCAGAAGCACAAGUCGCUGCCCAAGGUGUCCGGCGGCUGGGAGCUGGAGGUGCACGGUACCGAGGCCAAGCUGGUGCGGAAGGUCGCCGGGGAGAAGGUAACGGUCACGUUCAACAUCAACAAUAGCAUUCCACCCUCGCUUGAUGAUGAAACACAAGAAGAGCAGAAACCUGAUCAGCAGGAGCCUGAUCUUACAUCAACUCCAAACUUUGUCGUGGAAGUAAUAAAAGAUGAUACAAAACAGACCCUUGUUCUUGACUGCCAUUUUCCCGAAGACGAGGUUGGCCAUGAAGGAGAGGAGGAAAGUGAUAUUUUCACAAUUCGGGAGGUCAGUUUCCAGCCCACUGGGGAAGCGGAUUGGAAGGACACCAACUACACUCUCAAUACAGAUUCCCUUGACUGGGCUCUGUAUGAUCAUUUAAUGGAUUUCCUGGCUGAUCGAGGAGUGGACAACACCUUUGCUGAUGAGUUAAUAGAGCUCAGCACUGCACUGGAGCACCAGGAGUACAUUAAAUUCCUUGAAGACCUUAAAAGCUUUGUCAAAUGUCAGUAGGUUAGGCUAGGAAACUUAUCUUCAAGUGUGCAUAUUCCACAGCGCUGCUCCAGCCAGCAAUACCCAAAUAUAUCUUUACAGCAGACACAGAGAGUGAGUAACUUUGGAGAACAGAAGAAUGAGGAUUCUCACUUGUAUAUGGGGGUUUGUAUUUAUGUUGCAGCCCCGAUCAAGAUCUCUGACAUCCUGGUUUGGAAUUGCCUCACCCUGCCUGGUGGGUUUUGUACAAUUAAUGAAUGUGAAGAAUAAAAUCUGUUCAACAUA